CAGACAUCCAGUACGACAGUACGACCGUAGAAAGAUCAGAUCAUUCAAAACAAAAAUAAGUUCAAGCAUGCAAGCUAUUUUUCGCGCCUGUCACUGAUGAUCAUUGCGUCAAUGGUUGUGUUCAAGAUGUUGGCCAACGAAUUUGCAUGAAACAAAAUUAGUUCAUAAGCGAUGAAGCUUCUGCUUUUCGGUCGCUUCGCGGGAGCUGUCCCUGUGCGUUCUGUGCAUCUGGACGUAACCUCUGUCCUCGGCCAGGACAACAAGCAACGAUGUGUCCAGGCCCUGAGGCAGAUGAAACCUUUUAGACUGCUGAAGGAUGUUGAGCCCGAGAAAAAGGCUGCAGUACUUGUUCCACUCUGUCUCGUUGAUGGAAACCUUUCCCUUCUCUACACUGUUAGAUCCGCUAACCUUAGGACCAACAGAGGAGAAGUGUCAUUUCCUGGUGGAAUGCAAGACUCCAUUGAUUCUAGUCUGGUUGAAACCGCUCUGCGAGAAACUGAAGAAGAGCUGGGCAUAAAAUCUUCCUCAAUUGAUAUUUGGUCUGCAGCAAACUUUGUCCCCACUUACUCAGGAAAAGUGGCGGUAAUGCCUGUGCUAGGAUAUGCUGGUUCUGUGGAUUUGCAAAAAUUGAAGGUGAACGACCAAGAAGUCGAGACUGUGUUUUCCUUGCCCUUGAGGCAGCUUUGUGAUCCAGAAGUUUGCCGACACACUCAGUUCAGGAGCAGACCUAUAGCUUGGCCAGUUUAUCAUGCUCCUGGACAACCGAUUGUUUGGGGCCUCACCGCAUUCAUCACACACAUCAUGCUCAGGGUCCUUGUGCCAAACUCUUACAAAAAGCAACUUACGGCCAUCAAACCUAUCAAGGAUGAGACUAACAGUAAGACCCACAAGCCAUAGUGCGCCAAGGUAUGUUUUGUAUUCAAUUUAAGUCAUCUCAGCAAUAGCUUUGUUAUUUCUGAAAAUAUGUUAAGAUGAACUGACUUAAAUUUUAGCAGAAUUCUGGCUCCUUGUUUGUGUUUUAUAAUCAUUCAAGAUUGAUUAUCAUUGUUCAGAAAUUGAAUCAAUUUCUAAUUGCGUACUACUUUUCAAUCAAUGACUCUUAGUGAGAUGAUAGAGAUAAUCAGACACAUUUUUUGGAAGCAAUUUUUACCGAAUUUUCUUUAGCUUCUCUGACAAUAAAUUAAGCAAUGAAAGUUGUAUUUUUCAAUAAAUUGUUUAUUUCGCAAA